GAGAGGCCAAGCACAGGUCCUGGGACUUUCUAGGCAGCUUUCAACUGGGCUAACUUGUUCAACCUCUUUAGUUGACCUCGAACAGAGCCCUGAGUUUCCCUGCCAGAGAUGUCAGCACAGCACCCAGUGGCCUGUCACAGAGGCCCCGGCCUCAGUCCCUGCCUAUUUGUGGCAUAGACGAUGGUCCUAUGGUGUCUGCCUAGCAGCAUCCUCCUUCCCCUUCCUGAUGUGGGGUGAAGGUGUGUGUGGCAGCCGCUGAGCUGCCUGUCUCUUUAAGAGAGAGAGAGGAAGGGAGGGAAAGAGGUGGGGAGAGGGAGAGAAGUGAACCAGGAAGUGUGAUAGAACUGAGAGCCUGGGCUCUGCUGUCCUGGGUAUCCCACCUCUAUGAGAGAGGCAAGAAAGAAACCUCAGACCCAGGCCCAUCACCGCUAGCUUUGCCUUCGUGGAUCCUGGCGGCCCAUGACUAUCAGGAUGUUCUAGGCACUGCCCACGAUUGACUUCAAGGCCUGAAAUCCCUGGGGAUGCCACCCAGUCCCACAAGUCUGCAUUCCCCUGCAGCUGAGUUGGGAGAUGGGCUCAGCUCCUGAACUUGCCCCAGACAGAAAGCAUAACACACACAGAGAGUCUGCCUGAUUCUGGGCCACUCCGAGUGCGAGUGGAAGGUAGCCAAGCCUGGGAGAUGCAGAGUACAGCUAAUUAUCUAUGGCACACUGAUGACCUGCUAGGGCAGGGGGCCACUGCCAGCGUGUACAAAGCCCGAAACAAGAAAUCUGGGGAAGUGGUUGCUGUAAAGGUCUUCAACUCAGCCAGCUACCGGCGCCCCCCUGAGGUGCAAGUGAGGGAGUUUGAGGUGCUGCGGAAGCUGGAUCACCAGAAUGUCGUCAAGCUGUUCGCUGUGGAGGAAACGGGAGGCAGCCGGCAGAAGGUGAUAGUGAUGGAAUACUGCUCCAGCGGGAGCCUGCUGAGUGUGCUGGAAGACCCCGAGAACACAUUUGGGCUUCCUGAGGAGGAGUUCCUGGUGGUACUACGCUGUGUGGUGGCUGGCAUGAACCACCUACGGGAGAACGGCAUUGUCCACCGGGACAUCAAGCCCGGGAAUAUCAUGCGGCUGGUGGGAGAGGAGGGACAGAGCAUCUAUAAGCUGUCUGACUUCGGGGCUGCUCGGAAGCUGGACGACGAGGAGAAGUUUGUUUCGGUCUAUGGUACAGAGGAAUACCUGCACCCUGACAUGUAUGAGCGGGCAGUGCUUCGCAAACCCCAGCAAAAGGCGUUCGGGGUGACUGUGGAUCUCUGGAGUAUUGGGGUGACCCUGUACCAUGCAGCCACCGGUAGUCUGCCCUUCAUCCCCUUUGGUGGGCCCCGGCGCAACAAGGAGAUCAUGUACAGAAUCACCACAGAGAAACCAUCCGGGGCCAUUUCAGGGACUCAGAGGCAGGAAAACGGGCCCCUGGAGUGGAGCUAUAGCCUCCCCAUCACCUGCAGAUUGUCCAUGGGGCUGCAGAACCAGUUGGUACCCAUCCUGGCCAACAUCCUGGAGGUAGAGCAAGCUAAGUGCUGGGGCUUCGACCAGUUCUUUGCAGAGACCAGUGACAUCCUGCAGCGGAUUGUCAUCCAUGUCUUCUCCCUGCCCCAGGCGGUCUUGCAUCAUGUCUACAUCCAUGCCCACAACACGAUUGCCAUCUUUUUUGAGGCUGUAUAUGAGCAGACCAACGUGCCCCCCAAACACCAGGAGUACCUCUUUGAGGGUCACCCUUGUGUCCUUGAGCCAAGCCUCUCAGCGCAGCACAUUGCCCCUACAGCCGCCAGCAGCCCCCUGGUUCUGUUCAGCAUGGCCAGUGACACACCCAAGGGCCUGACCUUCAGGGACCCUGCUCUGGACGUCGCAAAGUUCGUCCCCAAGGUUGACCUACAGUCAGAUUACAACACAGCUAAGGGGGUGCUGGGCGCUGGUUACCAGGCCCUGUGGCUGGCGCGGGUCCUGCUGGAUGGGCAGGUGCUGAUGCUUCGAGGGUUACACUGGGUCCUGGAGAUACUUCAGAGCACGUGCCAGCAGACCCUGGAGGUCACGCGGACAGCCCUCCCCUUCCUCAGCAGCAGCCUGGGCAUUGAAAGGCUCAGCAGUGGGGCUGAGAUGCCCGACUUCCAGGAACUAAAGGAGGCCACAGAACUGAGGUCCAGGCUACAGACUGACCCCAAAACGGGAAUCUCUCUUUUGGCCCCACAGUUCUCAGAGGUCCUCUCUAGAUGUUCCCACAGUGUCACAGAAACCCAAGUGAGCCUGAGUUGCCUGGGUGGAGAGCUUCUGAAGAACCGAAAUCAGCUCCACGAUGACAGUAGAAGUAUCCAGAAGAUUCGGUAUUGUUUGGACAAGAUGCACUUCAUCUACAAGCAGUUCAACAAAGCUAGGAUGAGGCCAGGACUCAGCUACAAUGAGGAGCAAAUCCACAAGCUGGAUAAGGUGAAUUUUAGCCAUUUAGCCAAGAGGCUGCUGCAGGUGUUCCAGGAGGAAUGCGUGCAGAAGUAUCAAGUAUCGCUGGUCACACAUGGCAAGCGGAUAAGGCAGGUGCAGAAGGCCAAGAACCACCUGCAUCUCAUUGGCCGAUCUGUGGCUGGCUGUAACACAGAAGCCCGAGACAGCCUGAGCAAGAUCCUUGAUCGUCUCCUUCUGGACAGAGCACCGGGGACUCAGAUCUCACCACACCCCAUGGCUCCCCAUCCCAGCUCUGACCCAAAGGACCUGGUCUUCCACAUGCAGGAGCUCUGUAAUGAUAUGAAGCUGUUGGCCCUUGACCUCCAGGACAACAACCGCCUCAUAGAACG